AUGGAAUCUUUUGCCACAAGGGUAUCUGCAAGCUCAGACCAGCCGCAAGACUGGCAGUUACCACUAUCACCAAGCAUCGAGAUGGAUAACUCCACAACGACCAGCACAUUGCCGCCGAGUGAUGUUCUGGAAGAUGUUAUCGAUGCGUACUUCCAGUAUUGUCACAAACAGCCCUUAUGGCUAUUCAACCGAGAAGACUUUUCCUCGGUUCAGGGUUGUAGCGAGGAGACACUGUUGACUCUGCUGGCCCUUGCUUCGUGUCAUUCGAAACAUCCUUUCUUUCAUGACCGCUUGCACGAGCUGACUCAAAGUUAUGCACAAGCUGCAAGAGAGGGGAUUAUGCAGCAGGUAGGCGAGGACAAGGUCUCGAUAACCACAAUCCAGAACCUCUGCAUGUUGACACUGGCCAACAUACAAGCCAACAAAACGACUCUUGCAUAUCUGCACGUAGGCAUGGCCAUUACCCUUGCAAAAUGUGCCAAUCUCGACGUUGAGACCUGCGCCCUUAACGACUUUGGUUCGCGUGCAGAAGCUCGAAGAAGAGUGUUUUGGAGCCUGCAUUUGCUGCAGCAGAUGUAUGGACAUCAGGCCUUCACUACUGACAUCUUACAAGAUAUUACCAGACCGCAAUAUAUCGCGACGUAUACAGACCCGCGUAAGAGUGUCAACGAAAUGCCACCAGCCAUUCCACAUGAGGACAUUUCAGGUCAAGACGAAACCACGAGUGCUGAUAAGAAGAGCGGUACGUGGGCCUACAUGAUCCAGACGUCUACACUGUGGGGAGAGGUUCGCACAUAUGUAAAACAAUGGGCUCAGCAGACCAACAACGCACCGCCUCCUUGGUCCAUCGAGUCUGGAUACGCAGUCAUCAACGCUUAUCUCAUGGACUCGGAGACGAAAUUCCCAGACCGUCACCGAUUUGAUAGCGCGCGAUUUACUGACCAGGAAAGCCGACACCUCCAGAGCAAUCGAGGAUAUUGGAGUCCGUGGGUAUAUCAGCAAUUCGCAUAUCACACUAUACACAAUAUGCUCAAUCAUCCGUUUCUGUAUUCAUCUAGGCCCCAACAGUCGGCUCAACUCGGAGUUCCCAACACAUUCUGGAAAACGUCUUCUGAGCUUGCUUUCAUCCACAGCACAUGGGUUGCACGCCUCAUCGAGAUGGUGGUACAUAAAGAAUAUCGCGUCUCUGACCCAUUCAUUGGUCAUUGUGCGGCGAUAGCGGCCACCAUUCAUAUUUACUUUUGUCGGGCGGCUGACAAGACUACCAGAGAGGCUGCUCUAGAUAGACUGGCGAAAUGUGUCGCAUUCCUAGCUGAACUGGCUCUGCUCUGGCCUUCAUGUAGGUGGUUGCACGAAAGACUCCAGUCCCUGAUACGGGCAGCUUUCGAAAUAGAUCCUGAACAAGAAAAGGACCAAGAGAUCCCGCCACCGAGGACCAUCUCGAUCAACACGCGUUUAAUGUGGGAUAUACUCCUUUACAACUCUGGCGCUUACAGGGGUACGGCGAGUUCUCCCCAGACGCGAAGUCUUUUCGAUGGCAGCUCGCUGUUCCCAGAGGACAACGCGAGUGACGGGGAGGACAUCGUUGAGAUAGAUAAUUUCCACAGCCCAACUGUUGAAGUCAGUCUGGGGAACGGCCAGGCACUGCCGCCGCAGCCGGGACGGCGAAGAACGAGAUUUGGUCAGGGAACUCAGGAGUCCCAAGCAAAUCUUCUAACUCAGUCUUCUUCUAUGCCAGAGCCUAUAGGAGGUUCCACGGAACAUGCGCCACUAGCUUCUUGGCCUAUGUCUUUGGAUAUGGCGUAUGAUCCUUUCUUUCAAUUUCAAGAUUCUGGGGGCCCCUUUUUCGGAACAUGGGAAGUAGGAAACCUAUAG